CUUUAUUCAGGAAAUGAAAUAUUCAUUUCUCAUUCGAGCAGCAGAGUUAUUUGGGGGUCCUCCAUGAAUCGAAAUUAGGUCGAGAUCAAUCUGAGAUCCGGAGAGGGCAAUUGUUUGCGAAGUGAGAAGAUGCAAGGCUGAAUUGGUUCUGUUUUGGGGAGAAAUUCAAGCCAAUUAUUUCAGUUCUUCUUAACAGCAGCGAUUGAAUCUGGAGAUGGUGGCUGUCGAUCUCUCAAAGCUAGGGUUUGUUGGGUGAGUUGAUUGACUGUAAUAGAAGGAACUGGUGAUGUUUGAGGAUUUGAAUCAGGGAUGCUGCUGUCGAUUCAUGGCUGUAUUCGAGGAGAUUAGGCAACAAAAUUUGGGGGUUCUGUGUGCUGUCUAAAUGGGAGAUUUAUCUCAAUAAAUAAGAAGCAGAAGAGAGUUCUGAGAUGGGGGAAAUCUGUUGCUGUAGAUGUGAAAGAGGAGGAGAUCAAGCUUCAAUUGAUUCCGACUGCUACUAUUCUAGAAAGGUACCAAACUUUUGCUUUACUUCAUAUCCGUUGUACAUUUCCUAAUAUCCCGAUACAGUAACACCAGCGGAAUUGGGAGUUUUAAUUGGGUUUGUAUUGGGAGUAAAGUCAGUUUUGAAAUGUUGUUACUUUCAUGGUUGUUACCAUUGAUUCAUGGGUUUGUACCGAGGAGCAGAAGAGGUUUUCUAAAGAGAUAAAGAAGUUGCGCUUUGGCCGGAGUUUGUUGUGGCCUGAAUUUGGUAAGGAACUGGUGAUGCAAGGAUAACUAGUUGGUACCGUGGUUUGUACUGCGAAGGAGUUAAGAGAAUAUUCGGUUGAAGGUGUUGGUGCCACGGUUGCAGAAAGAGGAGUUGAUACUGAAUUUUGGUGGCCGGUAUCCUUAUCCUAUAUAUACGGAUGGAAAAAAUAGACAUCCUUUGCUGAUCUGUAUUCGAACUUUCCUUAUAUAGGAAGUUCAGGAAAACCAUCUCCAAUCGCGAAAGUUUAUGAGGAAGUGGUGUUACAGAUGUCUUACAUUGAUAGGAUGGGUAGUUUUUAUUUUCUUUCGCGGGUAAAAUAAAAUUCAAUCCCGCCAGAUUGUUAUCUUCUCUAUAAAUCAGGGUGGUUCUUUUCUUCUUCUCCAUUCACCACGAACUGCAAGUUUAGGUUUUGAUAUAUUGUUGAAAGAUUGUAAGACAUGGAUCCUGCAAGUGAACAGAACAGGUUUGAAUCUGAAAAUGCCGCGGCUGAGGACUAUAGUGCUACUGCUACUUCGUUUGCUCCUAGUCCCUAUAUGUCCCACCAAAAUCAAUUCAUCAAUCCAACCCAAUUUCAGUUUCCGUCCCAUUUCCCUCACAAUAUUCAUGGUAAUUUAGGACCUGGCUAUGGGUUCCAAAGUAUGAUGAGUGCUGCUGUUUCUUCGACACAACCACAAAGCUUUCCUCCUCCGCAAACACAGACUCAUGUUUACCCUUCACAAGCACCGGACGUUGGCAAUCAGUCCAAAAAGAAACGAAAAAGUAAUCCUUCAACAACUCAAUCAGCCAAUCCUCCUCGGCGGAUUUGGACAACUGAAGAAGACACUGCACUAGUGAAGGCAUAUCUGUACAUUAGUGUUGAUGCAAUAAUAGGAAGGGAGCAGUCAGGUGGCACAAUGUGGAAUCGGAUCUUGAAAGUUUGGAGAGAAAAUAUGGGAACUUAUGAUGAGGACCGCAAUCCUAAUGCUCUAUCGUGCCGAUGGGGUAUCAUACAAGCUGCAGUUAACAAGUUUCACGGACAUUAUGAAUCACUCAACAGAAAUCCGAAAAGCGGAACUUCAAUCGAACUUAUGAAAAGUCAAGCUUUAAAAAUGUACAAAACGUUGGAGGGAACCACAUUCAGGUUUGAGCAUUGUUGGGAGGUUAUGAGAAAAAAUCCGAAAUGGUGUUCUCAGAAGCUUACAAAGCCUGGCUCCUCAAAGAAAGAUAAACCAGUAGAUGUCAUCAAUCUCGACACUCUAAAGCAACCAAUUACAUCAACUGAAGGAAGUGAGGACAACAAAAGUGAGGGUGUUCCUCGCCCAGAUGAAGGAAGAAAGUUGAGUAAGGAGAAUGCUAAGAAAGCCCAUGAACAGAAGGGAGUGAUUGGAUUUUUGACCAGCUAUCAGUCCACCAUAGAGAAACAAAAUGUGUUUAGCCAAAAAGAGUUGGAGCUGAAGAUUGAGAAAGAGAGAAAAGAAUUUGAACUUAUGAAAGAGGAUUUGGCUCUGAAAAAAAAGGCUUACGAGCUAAAGGAAGAAGCUCGAAAGAAGAAAGAGAUGAUAGCAGAACGCAUUGAAGAAGAACGCAUCCUGAAUAAGGACCUUGAUAAAAUGCAACCAGUUAUGAGAAAAGCUUACAAAAUAAUCCAGGCUCGUAUACUGAAGAAGUGGAAAGAAGAUGGGACUUUGGGGAAUGAUUCUGAGAGCAGCGACGAUAGUCUUUGAGUUGUUUCUCCGUUCUACUAAUGUUAAUUGUUGGUUUUUAUUAGGUUGUCAUUCAACAUUACAGCUGAAAUGUUGUUGUUUUCUUUUGGGUUGUCACUCAGCAUAGUAUUUGAGAUGUUGUUGUUGUCUUUUAAUGUAGUAGCUAAACUUUGUGGUUGUAAUUUGACAUAAUAGUUUCCUUCUAGUAAUGGACUAAUUUAUAAUUAUUUGCUUCUGA